AUGGCGGCUGCGGCGGCGGGGCUUGGCGGCGUACGGGCCGCGGGGCCGGUGGCGGCGCCGCUACUGCGACGAGGCCGCGGCAGGCGGAGGCGGCGAACGUCGUGCCAGGGCGGGCCUGAAGAGAAAGAGGCGUCGUCGUCAGGCGAGUCCCGGUGCCGGGCCUCUUGCCAGCCGGAGGGCCCCGGUGGCUCGCUCUGCCGUAGCCGCCUGAACAGCCUCGCCCGGCGCCAGCAGCAGCAGCAGCAGCCAGCUCGGGCCGCUUCAGGAGGGGAGCCGCCGCCGCCGCCACCACCGCUUCCCGCCCAGGCAGAACGAGAUUUCAUAUUCAGAGCACCCAUCACAUUAAGCAAACCUGGAGAGCUUCAUGAGGAAUAUAAAAGCCACCUGCGAAAGUUAAGGGAUGAAAAAUUGCAAGAAGAGAGAACCCCUGAGGAUUUUAUUCACAAGCUGAUUGUAGAGGACACUGAUGCGGGGAGGAGGAAAACAGAAGAUCAGAAGAAGGAGGAGUCCCUAAUAGUCAAAAUGACUCAAGAAUGUUUUCCUGAGCGGCUCUCUGAUUCUGAGAAUGAGGAACCGUUCCAGGGCAAAUCUGCGCAUCGGUCAGCUUUUGUCCCCAAGGGGAGCGCCUACUCAGUGGUGUCGCUGGCAGGAAACUUAAGCUCCAAAGUAGAAAGGAGCCAAAGUUGCAAUGACACCCUUCGGGAUCGAUCCAAGAGCAGGCAAAGAUCAGCUCCAGUCAGAACAAAGGUAAACCUGUUGACCAGUGCAUCCACUCCGCUUGUGGGAGUUCUCUCCUCGACCCAGAACAAUCGCUGUCUCUCGGCCCCAGACUUGACAUCAGAUAAGCGCCUUGUUUUAAAUGCUGCUGCUUCAUUCUCCCUCCUCCAAAAGCCGGAGCGCUCCGUCAGUCCCGAGAGCAACGACAGCAUCUCAGAAGAGCUCAAUCACUUCAAACCGAUCGUUUGCUCGCCGUGCACUCCUCCGAAACGGCUUCCCGAUGGCCACGUUUUGAGCCCUUUAAUUAUCAAGUCUACUCCGAGGAAUCUGACAAGGAGUCUGCAGAAGCCGACCACCUACGAAGCAAGCCCCAGGAUUCUGAAAAAGUGGGAGCAAAUAUUCCAGGAACGCCAGAUCAAAAAGACUCUUUCGAAAGCCACCCUGACGUCCCUAGCCCCGGAAAUGGGGGACGAUUUCCUGAUUCCCAGCGUGAAUUCACUCGUCAAAGAGACGCAGCAGAUAUCGAAUGAUCUGCUGCCCCCUGGCGCUGUCACCACGGCACAGGCAGAGUUAGACUGUUUCCCUUCCAUCUGUCUAGCAAAGCUUGAAAGUUCCGGCAAUGUUAAAAGGGAGGCAGUGGCUGCAGACGCUGGUCCAACAGUACCCGUGGCAAGACCCAACAAGAACGCUGUGAAUGCCAGAAUUUCUGAAGUCUCUGAUACAAAAUCAGCGUUGCGUCUGGCUGGCUCUUGCCUUAGCAUUGAUGCCAAAAUGGUGGCCCGAAAAGUAAUUCGAGCCAACUCCGCGUUCCCAGAGAACGGCACGCUAGGCCCUUCUGUCAAGGCAGCUGGAAGGAAGCAGUUUAAAUAUCUGAACGACAGCGAACUGCGCAACUUGCAGAACGGCGUCUGUCUUGAGAGAGCCGUCGCUGAUGACCCCUCGUCUCUGAGGCGGGGGCGAAAGAGACAGUGCAAAAUGAAGCACUUGGAACACAGCAGCUCUGCCAAGAGGCAGAGACCGGCAGGCUGUCACGGGGGGCUGGCUGUCUCCGACCCCCGGAGGAGGAGGAGGAGAAGCGAGAUUGCGCAGAAGUUGAAGCAGGAGGAGGAGGACCGGCGGCUGGCCUUGCAGCUCCAGCGAAAAUUUGAUAGUGAGAACAGGACAGUGGCUAGGCGGGAAGGGCGGGUGGAUCAGUAUUUCUUGCGGUCAAAGAGCACUACAAGUGCGAAGUAGCACUUACUGAACAAUGUUGCCUUUGCUCGAUAAUGUGAGGUUGAUCAAAAUAAUCGGAGGAGCAGGAAGAGGAAGAGUGAUCUUGUUCUCCUUCCUCUCCCCCACUCCGCUUGGCAUUUCUUUUCGAUGGUAAGAUGAGGUAGGGCCAGUUCAUGCUGGACCCCAGGGCCUCCCUACAGACGUAAAGCCUCACUCGACCCUCCUGGCUGGAGCCGCUUCUGAGAUUACAAAUCUCACUCGCAGGAGUGUGCCUGUAAUUCGCUCUGAUCACCAGGACGUCUGUUGCCGAGUCCCACUGGGAUGCAGGCUGUUUUCAGGAGCCUCAGUUGAACCUGUGUCUGAUUUAUUAACAGGUGUGAGUAAGGUGUCUUUUGAAGAUUGCCAUUUUUGUCGUACACAUAUAUUGCUGUGAGUGACCUUUUGUAACCUCAGGAGCAGCCUUAAGUUGAGACGUCAGCCAGUUGAGCUGUGGAUGCACUGAAAUGUUCUUAAAUAUACAACGUAUUAUUGAGCAUUCAGACAUAUGGACAGCUGACCAUCUGUGGGUGCUAGUUGUGCUACCUGUCUCAUGCCAAGCACAGUCGGCUUGCCCAGUGAGUCCUCUGUUAGAGGACUGCAUUUCCAUGGAUGGCUUUUUGAACUUAAGGCGCACGUGGGUUGAGUCAGACCAGCAGUGUGAAAAUACAAGGCAACCCACUCUGUGGCGAGGCAGAAUUGGAGGCACCUGGUUCUCUCUCUCGCCAGCAUGGUGUUACACUGGUUACCCCAAUCUUCUUCGUUGUGUUCAUCGUGCAGGCUGGAUGCUAGGGAUAAAAUCUGUGAGAGGAGGUGUCCGUGUGACACGUCAGAAGAGGAAUGAUGCUUAGAAUCACACACACACACACACACACACGUCGUGUGAAUGAGAUGGCAGCGGAGUGCCUGGUAAUUCCUCCAAACUCCCUUCAAUAUCUGGUUUUUAAGAUUGUUGAGCGGAAAGGCUCUCCUGCAGGUUACUUAAACUACCCAUUCACAUUUUGAAUCGGGAAUGGGCUGUGGUGAAUGGCCACCCCUAGACUGUCUACCUUCAACGUUUACAUGGUGAACAGGUUACAGGUCCCCUCACAUGGUAGUUUGCAUAUUAACAGUGUCUUGAGAAAUGCUUGUUUCCUAGUGUUUGAAGGACAUUGUUAGUUUUUGUGGUUUUACAGAAUGGGUUUUCCCCCCCCACAAAUCUGGAAUUUGGAGUGGAAAAGUUGUCCCAUGGCAAUUCUUUAGAAGUUGCUGCUGCUUGGAUCCGCCAGACGUACUCACUGCAGGAGCAGUGGACUAAGGUGUUCGUUUUUUAAAGCCCCUUUGAACCAAAAGUGGCACGACACAUUGACAUUGUGGGGCCUCCAUGUUUGCUGCUAGUACAAUUAUGAAAAAGAAAAGCAGAAAGCUGCAAACCAUGAAAUAAAUAGUCUCAUCACCACCUAAAGAAAAAACAUCCCAGUUCAUUAAGGGGCAAAUGAGCUCUUCCUCAAGGAACAAAGUCCUUUAAUCUUUCAAAGCAGGCUGCAGUUCAAAAAUAUCCUAGCGUUUCAAGAAUCACUUGUAGAAUCAGGUUCCUGUGUUGAAUUGGGGCAACCCCUUGACAAGUUGAAGAGGGGGCGGGGAAAGCACUUCUCAGGACUUCCCAUUCAUUGCGUUAUAAAUUCCCUGGGUAUCACCACGAAAGACUCUCGUAAUUCCCACUCUGCCUUGUGGUAUUUCUGUGAGGAUCCUGGCAACUUCCUCACUACAGCUGUUUGCUUGGAGGGGUGGCGCUUUUGCAGGCUGCACUGUAGCAUCAGCUCUGACUUGCUUGAGCCAAGCAGACCUGGCACUUAAAAGUAUUCUCUGAAUCUCACCCAACUACUGGGUGGAGAGAAGUCCUGUUGCUGUCUGGUGCCCUGCGUUCAGGUGGUUUUUGAACUAAUCAGGAUUGCUUUCCCCAUAACCAGGAUUGGAACCAGUUUUGGUUUUAUUUCUGCUGGUCCACUCCUUAGAAGUGCAAGGACCCAACAUAUUUACUCUGAAAGAAUUCCCGUUGGUUUCCACGGAACUCACUGCCUAGCACAUGUAGAGUUGCAGCCUCAAAUGUUUUCUUGAUUUGAAUUGCAUUUCUAAAAGGAAUCCUGGACAGAAUGCCUGUAUCUAAAUUGCAGUGUUUUGUUCCUCCUGAGAACUUGCAUCAGUUCGUAUUAUUCUCAACAUACAUCAAAUAACUGCUACUGCAAAUCAAGGCCAGGCUAUUUUGGCUGCCUUUUCACCUUUGUGCGUCAGCUAGAAGGCUAUGGCCCGUUUGUAAGAAAAGGGAACAGAGCCAGGGGACGACAACUGACAUUACGUUGGUGCAAAGGGCAUCAAGGCCUGUCUAAAAGCAGUCUUUGAUGGAAAGAAUUGGAGUUCAGUUCAGUGCUUAUUUCUACAUAACCUCUGGAGAACAGAGAACGCAUUUUAAGGGAUCUAACACCUAUGCAUGUAUGAGAGGAAUUUUUUAUGCCAAGUGACAUUGGGAUGAAUUGAUUAUCGCGUCCUAAUGGGAAUUUAGGGUCAUCCUGCUUGCAGAAGCAUCCCUGGAAACGUUACGUGGGCAUCUGAUUUUGACCCCGUUCUUCCAGGCACAUGUGGUCAUGGUAUCACUUGAGAGUCGUUCUGUGAAUGCUCAGCAUUGCAUUAGAUUUGGCUCUUAAGGCCCCAUUAGGUCCAGCUCUUGAUUUUGCCACCCGGGCCAUGGCAGGAGAUAAAAGCUGACACUUUUGCUUCUAGCAACGGAGCAACAGAGAGUAUCACUCCACUGUAGCUCGCUACUGUUAAAAAAAGUGUAGGGGGUAGGCUCAGGUCUCUCAACAUGUACAUUUUUUUUUUAUCAGUACACCUAAGCCAUACAUGUACAUGAUAAAGUGGGUGCAAGAAAUAUGGGUACACCUGUUGGGAAGCUGAGGUUAUACAUGCUUUAGUUGAACCAGGUUUGGUGCUGUGUGAUAUGGCUCUGGGUGAAUGUUCAUCCUAGGGACGUCUGCUGUGGGUAAACCCAACUCUUUUGGAGCGCUGUGGAUUCUAGCAGUGCCGUCGGCUCUGCUCACAUUUGCCAGCUAAACCGGGAGUUUGUUCCCCAAAUCCGUGAACUUUUGUAGAGUUUGUUUUCCCCCUUUAAAAAGCAAUUUAAGCAAAUUACAGACGGAAUUCACACCAAUUAUGGAAAUUACAGCUGUAUUUUGUGUAAAUUCUGCCAUUGUUAGCUGCAAUUUGUGCGAAUACCCAUCAUAAUUUGCAGAAAUUAUGGUCGAAAUUUGUGUAAUUUGCCCAAAUUGCACCAAUAUUUUUUUAAAAAAAUCCGGAACUCUGUGAGCUGUCCCAGCUCAAUGUAGAUCAAGUGGGGCCAGCUUGUGAGAAAGCAAGCUGGAAUCCGAGGGGGUCAAAGCUGACAAAAGUUCAAUGACCUUCAUCCUCUAUACAGAUUCCUCCAAAAUCCCUACCUGUAUAAGCGCUUGGAGGUUCAGAAGCAAAGCUUGGUUCACAGAGCCCUAAGCUGUAUCUGCACUAGCUCUCUCUAUCCAGGAUGUACUGUGGAAACAGCUGGUUCAGUCCCUGCUUGGUCUUGAGGGAGCCAGUGCUGAUAGCAGUACUUUAUGGAAAUGCCAAGAUUUCAUGAAAGGGGCAAAAAGGACUGUUCCAGCCAUUCUAUGGGAACAAAUCCAGGUUUUCGACUGAGUGUAGGCUGAAAGCAAGGUGAAGCCGGUCUUGGUGUCCUGAUGCAAGUCCUUACUUGCAUUGUGAUUGAUUGCAUGUGUGUGUGUCUGUUGGUCUCUCACUCAUACUCACACACAGACUUAAAGUUAACUAUGCACCUCAAAAACUGAUGGGUGAGUUGACUCUUACCUUCCUUACCGGGAUCCAAAGAGCUACUUUAGAUGCACCCAGGGCCUUAGGGGUGCUUAACUCUGUGUGUGUGUGUGUGUGUUUCCUUUUAAAAGGUGGGUGCACACAGCCAUAUCAGAAACUAGUUAUGAAAUUCUGCAAUUGCAAAAGGGCUUUCCCUGUAGCAUUGGGAAUGGGGGGCAUUCUGAUAUUUGAGGAAAAGGUCCACCUUCCCUUAGGCCAGCCUUCCUCAACCUGGGGCGCUCCAGAUGUGUUGGACUACAACUCCCAGAGAACGCAUUUUAAGGGAUCUAACACCUAUGCAUGUAUGAGAGGAAAUUUUUAUGCCAAGUGACAUUGGGAUGAAUUGAUUAUCGCGUCCUAAUGGGAAUUUAGGGUAGGGAUAUGCUCCGCUUCUAAUCGGACCGGCGAAUUAGAAGCGGAGCGGGGGGCUUCGCCUGCCCUUAAGGCGGAGGCGAAGAGGAUUGGGGGGCCGGCGGAGCGUGGCAAAGAGGAUCGAGGUGAAGGCCGAUCCUUCGCCUCGAUCCGGAGCUCCGCUGGAAAGGUAAGUGAGGUUUACUGGGCCCUGCCGCUGUCGCUGUCGCUGUCGCCCAGGGCCCGGUAACCCCCCCUCCUCUCCCUUACCUGCGUCCAUCCACGGUCUGUCGGCUUCUUCAAUUGAGCCCGUGGUUCAACCAGGAAGUUUAGGCCGCACUUGCGGGCUGGGGCAUUCUGGGAGAUGCAGUCCAACACAUCUGGAGCGCCCCAGGUUGAGGAAGGCUGCCUUAGGCCAAUGGAACUAAUCCCACAAUUUUGUGAUGCAGGAACUGAAUUGAAACACCUUAAGAAAGUGAAUCUAAACUAGCAAGCAGCUUCAGUAUGAUGUUUCAAAUACAGGCAUUUAGGUACCUUUGUGGAUCUGUGUGUGCACAUUGAAAAUAUUAAUGUCCCAAACUGCAGAGAAAUGAAAGAAAAUGGAGUGCUGGUGUGGGCCCAGUCUGAAGGCCAAAUUAGACGUGAGAGAGAGAGAGAGAGAGAACUGCCACUUCCUUAUAACAUGAAGUUGCCACACAGUGGACCUCCCUGCCUUGCAUCAUCACCUAGAAGGGGUUGUGGAGAUUCCAGCAUGAUGCCAUCUCACAAGCAAGUGGGCGAAAGAGGGAUCGAGAGGCCGCACCGUGCCUCUUACAUUCUCUAGAAUAGGACAGUUCAAUACUGCAAGCUACUUGCAGAGUGUUUUUACUUCUGGUGCCAGUUGGCCAGUCCUGAUGCCAAACGUGAAGACAUUUGGACAUAUGGACCAUAGUACAAGUCUGUACUUGGGUAUACAGGCUGUUGAAUGUAUUCAGGCCCCCCCUCCCCGUGGUUAGACUUUGUAUGGAAGCAGGGCCCUUAAAAAUGCUCUUCCUUUUCUUUUCUUUUUUUAUAAAGGCACUGGCGUUAGUCCGGGGGACAUUUUUCAAACAAUCCAGAAGGGUUGUCUUAACGUUGCCUGGGUAGUUGUCUACAUAAUAGCCUAAACAGUCAUUUUCUGUUUCCCUUGCUCUUCUGUGGUCUGUUCUCAGCCUAACCCUUUCCUGCUGACUGAUCAAACAUGACAUGGUUUCCUCAGAGACUAACCUAUGCUCCCCCCCCCAAUCAAGCUGAGCAGUCCAAUCCAUUCCCUUCUCACUGAAGUCGGGGGGAGCCUUGCCACCCAUAUCAGCGAAUGCUACCUUUCUGCAUAUCGGUUCUUGUCUUCGUGAGACUCCUGCUUUUUCUUUAAAAAAAAAAAAAGGCUUCUGUUUAUAGCCCUAUUAGAUGGCCAAGUGGGUUGCAUUGCUUUAUGGCACUUCCCUGGGUGCCGCAAAGGGGAGGGGUGGGAGAAGGGGUCCCCCCACACACACACACACAAUAACUGAACAGAAGGGUGGGUUGGGGAUUUUGACAGUAAACUGAAUGAUUACAACUGCCAAAGACACAAUCUGACUCUGAAAAUCCACUCUGAUCCUCUUCUUUUAUGGAAAAGGAUGUAUCGCAAGUUCUUCUUGGGUCAGUGAGCUCUGGAUAUCGGUAGAGAAAUGAAGGGAAAAGUGCCAAAAGAUUGGAUUUUGUAAGAUGAUUGUAGCGCAUUUUCUUAUGUCACUGUCAGUGUUCUUUCCCUUCAAAGACAUUGUGGGGCAUGUCGUGGAGUACAGGUCGAACACGCACUUUGUUGCAGGGCUCUCGUUGAAAGCCAGGGAAGAGGAAAGUACAAGCCUUAAAGACUCUCUCGCGCAUUGAUUUCAUUUUAUUGUUUUAACAAAACUGGCCUUGGAGCAUUGCUUCAACGGUUGCCUGCAAUUCUUCCUGCUGGGUUUCUAGGAUGAUGCCGGCAUCUUGGUUUUAACUCGACAGGUGGACAAGCAGCUCUUACCUUCAGGAAGAUGCCGUCCAAACUCCGUUUCAGUUUUUGGAGAGAACGAGACGCAGUCUCUAAAAGUAACGUUCCUUGCCCAAGGUCCAGACGUGGAUGUGAACGUCCCAUCAAGAUAACGACACUGGUCUGUGAGAUCUUCUGUGCUGAAUCCUCACAGAGAGGUCAAAACUGCACUGUGUCCCACUGAACUCUACAGCUGGCACCACCAUCUUUCUAAAUGUUGUGUAAUAGGGAGUCCAACGGGAAACAUCUUUCCUUCCCCAGCUACUUAAAAACACUGCAAGCAGGUAUAGAGUUAGCUGUCCACUAUGCAAACAAAAACCAAACCACCUUUUGGUUACAACUGAAGGGAUUUCAUGUGUGACACUUUUUUUCUGGUGUUUAACUGUCAGAUGGUUUCAAGAAAAAUGGAUGUUUGCUGCAUUUCUCUAUUUCCCCUACCCCAACACCCAUCCCGGUCUGCUUUAAAUCAUUUGUGCUCUGAUGUGCAUCUUCAGCUUGGUACUGCAAACCGGUGCAGUACAAGACAAAACAUUUUUGAGAUCACAACUGAAUCACUGUGGCUUCAUCAGAUUUUUUUU